ACAGGAGAAAGUUGCAGCGGCGGCUGCACCCCGGAGCCUCGGGGACCGGGGACGAGGGGAGGAGGGACGGAGGCUGCGGCAGCCGCGGCAGGCCGAGGAAUUGAAAGGACUGUAGGGGGAGGCAUCGCGAUCCGCCCCGGCUGCUCCUCCUCUUCCUCCCCCUCCUCCCCCUCCUCCUCCUCCUCCUCCUCCAAACUCGCAGGGCUUAGCCCCAGCGCUCGCUCAGCUGCCGCGAGCACCCGGAGGGACGGGAGCCGGCCAGCACGCCCCGGUGCUGGGCAGGGUCGCAGCCGCCAUGGAUAGCGACGAGGAGAUGGUGGAGGAAGCCGUGGAAGGACACCUGGAUGAUGAUGGACUACCACACGGAUUCUGCACUGUCACCUACUCCUCCACAGACAGAUUUGAGGGCAACUUUGUGCAUGGAGAAAAGAAUGGCCGUGGGAAGUUCUUCUUCUUUGACGGCAGCACUCUGGAAGGUUACUAUGUGGAUGAUGCCCUGCAGGGCCAGGGUGUUUACACCUAUGAGGAUGGGGGUGUGCUCCAAGGCACAUAUGUGGAUGGCGAGCUGAAUGGACCAGCCCAGGAGUAUGACACCGACGGGAGGCUGAUCUUCAAGGGGCAAUACAAAGACAACAUUCGACAUGGAGUGUGUUGGAUCCAUUACCCGGAUGGAGGCAGCCUCGUCGGGGAAGUCAAUGAAGAUGGGGAGAUGACUGGAGAGAAGAUAGCCUAUGUCUACCCUGAUCAGAGGACUGCGCUCUACGGAAAGUUUAUUGAUGGAGAGAUGAUUGAAGGGAAGCUGGCCACCCUUGUGGCCGCUGAAGAAGGGAGGCCACACUUUGAACUGACGUCUGGAAGUUCCGUGUACCACUUUGAUAAGUCGACCUCCUCCUGCAUCUCUAGCGAUGCUCUCCUUCCAGACCCUUACGAGUCCGAGAGGGUUUAUGUUGCCGACUCUCUCAUCUCCAGUGCUGGAGAAGGACUGUUUUCCAAGGUAGCAGUGGGACCCAAUACUGUUAUGUCUUUUUAUAAUGGAGUCCGAAUUACACACCAAGAGGUGGACAGCAGAGAUUGGGCCCUGAAUGGGAACACUCUCUCCCUUGAUGAGGAGACAGUCAUUGAUGUGCCUGAGCCCUACAACCACGUAUCCAAGUACUGUGCCUCCUUGGGACACAAGGCGAAUCACUCCUUCACUCCAAACUGCAUCUAUGACAUGUUUGUCCACCCCCGUUUUGGGCCUAUCAAGUGCAUCCGCACCCUGCAAGCUGUGGAGGCUGAGGAAGAGCUGACCGUUGCCUACGGCUAUGACCACAGCCCCCCAGGGAAGAGCGGGCCCGAAGCCCCUGAGUGGUACCAGCUAGAGCUGAAGGCCUUCCAGGCCACCCAGCAGAAGUGAGAGACCUGACCCUGGGGUCCAGAGGCCUGGGACAGAAACUUGGAUCUAUGCACUGCAUUUAUCUGACAACGGGACAACCAGGGACUGUUCGUGCUGUGACGUCACAUCCUCUCACCCCGCGUUAGCAACGACUUUCCCGCAUACUAACUAGGUUUGACUCUAUUACUCAUACCAGAUUUAAAAUUAGCUAGCCUUGCAGCAACGCCCUACUGAGAGGUACUGUCGAACUGUAGACAGCCUGAUGUUCUUUGAUGGGGUGGAAGUCUAAAUCUGGACCACGUUCAGAGAUACCAAAUGAUUAGGCUGAAAAAGGGAAACGGGUUCUUCAGUCAUUUUUCAUCGGUGGCUUUUUCUUCACGAUGUUUUUUCUAUGGCCAUUGCAAAUAGCGUCCGAGCUCCCUUGCACGGUGCCACCUGCAGGGUUGGAAGCGGUCACAUCUUUAUACAAAUGUAGGGUCAUUUGCCUUCUAACCUUUGAUCUGUAUCUUGCAAUAGAAUGGCUUUGUUUUUGUUGUUAUUCUUCUAGUGAAUGGAAGCCCAGUCUUGUGAGUCUUUUCUUUAGUCUCACUCCCUAUCUUAGCUGUCCUUUACAAGAGAAAGCUUCCAGAUGGAUUUUGCAUUCAUAGCGGUGCACAGGUCUCUCUGGUUCUUUCUCUAUCAUUUCAUCCUUAUGUCCUGAUAUAAAGAACUGGCUCAUAGGGCCAGACUGUUAUUAUAGGCUUAUUAUUCUCGCAUGUAAACAAAGAUAUCUUUGCUUUCAGAUGUGAGAAGAAAUGAAUUUACUUUGUUUGCAUUAAGUUACAAAAGAGUUGUAAGAUAUACUUUCAGGAAGAAGAGAGGAAAAUUAGUAUUUCUAAGCAGUCAUUGUGGCAAUUUUGCAGUAUAUUCGGUAGUGCUGGACAUUUUUUUCUCCUCGGGUACACAUUCAUUGUACAUGACCUAGUGCGGUCUAGCUUGUGACACAGCUCAUGGAAUUCAAAAGAUGAUAGUCAGUGUGCAUUCCAACACAGAAUGCAGAACUCUCUUUAAAAUCAGUGCCAGGAAGACAGACACGCUGAUCACUAGGUGUAAAUCAGAUCUGUAGCUAAGCUUCUCACCACAGCGAUCUAUCUCCAAGCACUUAACUGCUUCCAGGCUCUGUCAGCCACGAGUUCACACCUGUGUGGUUUCUAUCAAUAGCGUAUUGCCACCUCACAAGCCAUAUGUAAUCACAACUGCAGGAAUACAGAGAAAAGCCCACAGUUUUAGUUUAGCACAUUAGAGCUGUAACCUAACUGGAUUGCUCUGAAUGAAUGCUGGGUUUGGGGGACACCUCCAUCACCAGAAAGCCUGGGGACAGCAGUUGCUGCUGCCAACAGUGCUACCUGUGGCUUGCCUGGGUUUAAGCUUUUGAGGGAGCUCAGACUUCAGGAGGGGGUGGAAAUGGAGAGAGAGGACAGAUAGGGAGGGUAGUUUGCUCUUUUUUUUUUUUUUGGUAAAUUGCACGUUGCUCUUAACAGCAGCUUUCGCAAAUAUUUCAUCUGGGACUACACACAGUUUACCCGUCGAACAGCCCCAGAAUGGAGGACUCUGCCCUCGGAUAUGAUGGCCACACCCUAGGCUCUUUUACAAGCUUCCUGACACACCCAGCUUCAGGCUCUGCACUGAGGUGGUGUACUUUCCAGGAGAGGUGGUCACAUCCUUGCUUGAAAGCUUAAGACUAUAAUCCCCUCAGGAGAAACAUCCUCAGGACUUCUGAGGAAGUUUCCUGCAAGGUGACAGAAUCAUUUUUAGACUACAAGUCGCCAGGAUAGGAUCACCUCUAGUCUGUAGAAAGAGACCAUUCAGUAAACUGUGACAGGAGGAUGGGGCCUGUGGAUUGGAAUUCUGAGAGGUGCUUUUGUGUAAAUAUGUCCAAAGAGAAUCGGUUGCCUUAGAGAGAAAAAUGGCUUCCUCCAGCUCCGUCACUCGGGUUGUUGGACUGGGUAGAGAUGAGGCAGAGGGAGAGAGGUCAGGUCUCACCUUAGCUGGUGUGCUCCCACCUGGAGAUGGAACCCAGUCUCAGUUGCGGUGGGAGCUCAACUUGUAUCCUAAAGGGCUACUCUAGCAAUCUCAUUCAAAUGGAACUCAAAAACAAACUUUGGGGACGUGAGGGCCAGCAGGUAAAGGUGCUUGUUGCCAAGUCUGUGAUCGAGUUUCAUCUCUAGGACCUCCAUAGCAGGAGGAGAGAGCCAGCUCCUGGAAGCUGUCCUCUGCCGCACAGAGUGUGGCAUGGGUGAACCCCCCCACACACACACACACAAAUAAAUCUUUUGUAAAAAUAUAUAGCAGGAUUGAGGAACUGUGGCUGGUGAGCUGGCUAAUUUAUGCUUCACACUCCAUACUGGAGGAAGACAGUCUGGGCUUCAAGCCCGGUGCUGUGUACGUGACCCUUAGACAAAUCACAGGAAACAGUUCACACAGCCGAGCCCUCCGUCUUCCUUCUCCCUGUGUGUUUCCUGUGGCUCUCAGCUCUCUUCUGCUGUGUGAGAAGCCUUGGAGUCUGCAGAAUGACAGCCCCACUGAUUGCUCCGCCUCCUUAUGUCUUGAGUUCCUGUCCUCUCUUGCUACACUGUCUUUGUGCCUCUCCCUGAGUGUGACCCAUUCCAGUCAAGAUACCCGGUCAUCUCCCGUCUCUUUGUGGAGGUAGAAAAAUCAGCAGGGUAGAGGUUACGUAGAGAAUUAACUACUGAGGGGACUUGGGGUUUGUUCCUCAAUUGGCCCAAAGUGGAAAGGCCUCAGAAUGCACCUUCUGCUUCGCAUCUGUUGUAAAAGGGAAUAGGAUGCAGGCAAAUCUGGUCUUCCAUCAUGAUCAAAAUCACAGACAUGAUUGAGAUUCUACGAAGUAGGGAAAAAGAAUUACCCUCCUGCUGUCUUCCACACAGCUGGGGCCUGUGCACUCUCCCGAGGCCAUGGUCUCCAGGGGAUUCAUUCCGAGCUGUCUCAGUUCAACCUUGCAUGAUUUGAUCCAUCAUUAGCAUCUUUUCUAUGAUAAACUAUUACCUUGUGUUAGACUUAGGAAUAGGAACUAAUCUACAGAGCCUGUCCCUAAAAAGUGGGGCAUUCGUUUGAACUAACAAGCAGAUGUAAAAACUGAAUUUAAGACACAGAAGAACGAUGAGGCUAAAAGGUAACAGGCAGGGAGGACUUGAGUUUCUUAGUACCUAUUCUUAUUUUAACCUGCUUGACCCCAGGUCUACCCUAGCAACUGAGAAGGACAUUUGUCAAGACCUCUUUGAACCAGACUGGGACUAGAGUUCAGAUUCAUUACCCUUUGGGGUUCAUCACACUUGAAAAACUAUUUCCUCUCUCUCUCUCUCUCUCUCUCUCUCUCUCUCUCUCUCUCUCUCUCUCUCUCACACACACACACACACACACACACACACACACACACAAA